ACCCGAGGCUUGCCACUGCUUGCUGCUGUAGCCGCCUGUUCUACCUGUGCUGAUUUGCUGUGUGACAGCCGGUUUGAUCAAGUAUCGAUUCAAUAAUUAUCGAUUUCUUCACGCAACAGUUUCUUAUCUUUUAAGACGGCUAUUAUUAUGCGAAAAAGUUAUAAGUUUCCUAAUUAGAGGAUGUUUUAGUUAUAUAAAUUUUAUGUGAGAAUAUUAAUUAUUUAGUGUUGAGUUUUUAAAUUUACUUUUUGUGCAUCCGAGUUGAGAACAGAAAAUCGAUUUGAUGAUCAGAUAUUAUUCAAUCUUUUUGUUUUUAUUUUUCAUUUUCCGUGUGGGGAUUUCAUUGUGAUCAUUUUUUAAAAAAUUGUUUUAUUUUUGUAAUUUUCUUUGGAGUGAUUGCCCUUUUUCUUUGAAACUCGGCGGUGCAUAUAAAAUAUUUUUUUCUGGUUGUUCAUGAAAAUACUUUGAUGCCGUCAUUCCAGAAAAUCAAUAGGCCCUAAUUCUUCAUUUUUUUUUACACAGCAAGUUAACUGAAGCAAAAAAAAAAUUCGGGAAAAAAAUUUCUGAAUUCAAAUUCUUUCAAUCGCUUGUGUAACAUGGAUUAGAAGUGUGAUCUAACUAUCACGUGAUGCCCGAGCUUUGGAGGAUCACAGCGUGAGGCAGACGGACUGGAGGGGUGAAAGAUGGGAGAGGAUUUCACGUCUGAAGAUUCGUUCAACUGUGUACUCACCUCAAGCAGGGACGUCGAGUUCAAGAAAAGACUUUGGAUUUUACUAGCUUUUGUGUGAGCGCGCCUCCCAUCCCGUGGUUAUGCUAGACAGAUCUCCAAGUCUCAGCUCGUGAGCGGUACCUGAGCGAUGGCUGUCGUCUGGAGCAUCUCAUGGCACCUUCUGCUCUUCUUCCUGGCACAGGCCCGGGGUCAAGAAUCGCCCAUCGUCCAGACGGAGAAGGGCAAGGUUCGGGGCUUCACGGCCACCGUCAACUGGAAGAAGGUCGACGUCUUCUACAGCAUUCCCUACGCAGCGCCGCCUGUUGGUGAACUCAGGUAUAAACCCACCGUCCCCAACGAGCCCUGGGAGGGCGUGCUGGACGGUACCAACUGGCCAAACUCCUGCGUCCAGCCGAUGGACACGUUUCUCGGGAACUUUACGGGCUCGACCAUGUGGAACGCCAACACCCCUGUCAGCGAGGACUGCCUUUACCUGAAUGUCUGGGUCCCCCGCACCAACCCCCCCUAUAAAGACAAGGCCGUUCUGGUCUGGAUCUACGGCGGGGGGUUUUACAGCGGCAGCUCCACUCUGGAUAUCUACAACGCCCAGUACCUGGCAGCAGAGAACGACAUCAUCGUUGUCUCAAUGCAGUACAGGGUCGGCUCCCUCGGGUUUCUGGUCCUGGAUACAGCCGACGCCCCUGGGAAUGCUGGUCUCUGGGACCAACGAAUGGCCUUGGAGUGGGUUUCCAGAAACAUCCACAACUUCGGGGGCAACCCCCACAACGUCACCAUCAUGGGCGAAAGCGCGGGGGCGGUGAGCGUGGGGUUGUUGAUGCUGUGCCAGCUGUGUAACAACUUCUUCCAGAGAGCCAUCCUGCAGAGUGGGGCGCCUCAGCUCAAAUGGGGUACCCUGUCUAGGGACGACAUGAUUGAAAGAUCGGUCAAUCUAGCCACGUCACUCAGUUGUGGCAGGCAGAAUGACCCUGAAUAUAUGCUGGCGUGCUUGCGAGGGAAAAACGCUUCAUUUGCUAUUUCUCAAGAUUUCUUUAUAACUCAGGGUUUUGUGCAGUUUGGUUUUGUGCCUAUAGUCGACGGUGUUUUGAUUUUACACGAUCCAGAUAUCAUACUUGAACGAGGAUCCUUUAAAAAGAUACCAAUACUGCUUGGCAGUAACGAAAACGAGGCAACAUUCUUUUUGAUUUAUGCAUUAGCGCAAUAUUUUAAGUUCAAUAACACGAACACACAAAACCCUAUCUCAGCGGAUAAUUAUAAACUCGCAAUGCAUGAGCUUUUUGAUUGGUUUCCCUAUUAUACUGCACGAAAUAUGUUAAACAUAGUCGGCAAGGAAGCGAUCAUGUUUCACUAUAGAAACUGGUUGAACCCGGAUGAUCCCAUCUCGUUAAGGAAGUCCAUCGACCGCGCAGCCAGCGACUAUUACUUCGUGUGCGGGGUGAACCGGCUGGCGAAGAUGUUCGCUCGCCGCAACAUCCCGGUCUACUACUACUGGUUCAACCAGAGGUGGUCAGCCAACCCCUGGCCUGAGUGGAUGGGGGUCCUACACGCCGACGAGAUUUGGUUCACCUUCGGCAUCGCCCUCAACGAGUCGCACUCCUUCACACACGAGGAGAGGCAACUCAGCCGGAAGAUGAUGUCCUACUGGACCAACUUCGCCAAAACAGGGAACCCAAACCUAUCGCCUAACGGCACCAGAGUGGUGGAGUGGCCACAGUUCCUCCACAAUGAACAGAUGUUCAUCAACCUAAGCGUCGACUCCAUGGCCCAGAAGUUCAUCAUUGGCCAGGGGCCAAGGGCGCAGGACUGUGCAUUCUGGGACGAAUACCUGCCUAGUCUUGUAGCGGCCACCAAAAACAUGUCGACAGCUGAGAUGGAGUGGAAGAUCCAGUUCAAUGAGUGGAAGACCAAGUACAUCGUGGACUGGAAACAUCAGUUCGAGGACUUUCUGCAGAACUACCAGCGGCGUAUGGGGAGCUGUGGUGGGGGGAGGCCUUGA